ACCCCCACCCACAACAACACCUCCAUCUACCAACUCAAUAAUCGAAUCAACAACUACACCCACAACAGCACCUCCAUCAACCACCUCAAUAACCGAAUCAACAACUACACCCCCACCCACAACAGCACCUCCAUCUACCACCUCAAUUACCACCGAAUCAACUACACCCCCACCCACAACAGCACCUCCAUCAACCGCUUCAAUAACCACCGAGUCACCUAUACCAUGUGUGUGGUCCGAAUGGUUCAAUUCUGAUAUCCCCAACUUAAGAAAUGAAGGUGACGAUGAGACAUUUGCACACAUCAGGAAGAGUGGUACCGACAUAUGCCCUAUGAGCUAUCCUGUGGAUAUCGCGUGCCAAGUGGUGGGUUCUCCAGAUUUAACCUUCCCCAAUUUUGUGCAAAAUGUCACUUGUGAUGUCUCCACUGGACUUCUCUGCCUCAAUAAGGAUAAUGCCCCAUUGUGCAAAGACUACCAGAUUCGAGUAUGCUGUAAUCCGAUAACCACUACGCCCUACACAGUGGCAUCAACCAUACAAUCAACUGAAUCUCCAUCAACAACUGUAACAUUCCAGCCUUCAAGCAAAUCUUCAGCAACCACUUCAAUAACUUACAAACCAACAACUGUGACAACAACCGUGACACUGCCAACCACAACAGUAACAUCCAUUUCAACAAAAACGCCAACAAAAUCGUCAAGCACAACGCCAUCGAAAUCUACAAUCAACACGUCUCCACAAACUCCCACCUGCCCUCCAUGCAAAACCCCAGUCAAGCCAGUAUGUGAAAACAAGGCUCUACCACAACUUAUCAAGAAAGGAUGCUGUGAAGAAUACGAGUGCCCAUGUUUUUGUAAAGGAUGGGGAGAUCCUCACUUUUUGACGUUUGGCGGCAAUAAAUAUGACUUCCAGGGGGUGUGCCAGUAUGUUCUGGUGCAGCAGAUCAAUGGUUCUGGGAUAGACUGGAAUUUUCACUUCAAAGUACUUAUCGACACGUAUGAUUGUGGGGCCAGAGAUGGAGUUUCGUGUCCCCAGAACUUGAUCAUUUCCUACGAGCAGUACGAAAUUCGACUGGAGCGGAGAAACAACACAACCAACGUAAAGGUAUUAUUGAAUGGGACAAUUACACAAACUCCCUACAAAAUUCCAGGUAAUUUCUCCAUCGAUUACACUGGAAUCACCUUGACUGUGAACUUCGAGAAGAUUAACUCUAGGAUAACCUUUGAUGGCCAAUUGUUCGUCAUUGUGCUGUCACAUGCAAUCUUUGGGAACAAGACGGAGGGGCAAUGUGGGAAUUGCAGCCCCGUCCCGUCGAACGAUUGUCGCUUGCCAAGCGGUGUCCCAGUUUCCUGUGCAGUCAUGGCAGGCGCCUGGAAUACGACCACGUGUCGAAACCCCGCACCACCAACAAAAACACCAAUCACAACAACACCUUGCCCAUCCCAGCCCUGCGACAUCCUCAAGAGCAGUUUGUUCGCCGAUUGCAACAAAAUAUUGUCCCCGGACAUCUAUUAUGAUUCUUGCGUCUUUGACAAGUGCGCACAAAAUACGAGCAAUGCUGCAUGUGCCAGUAUCAAGGCCUACUCCAAGGAAUGUGAAAAAUUCGGCUUUUGCAUUCCAUGGAGGGAAAACACAAAUGGGACAUGCGAUAUCACUUGUCCAGAAGGAAGAGUUUACCAUCAGUGCAGUACAACCUUUGAUAAAAGCUGCAAUUUGAAAGACAUCCCAGACAUCAACAUCAGCAACAGAACAUAUGAGGGAUGCUUCUGCCCAGAAGGAGAGUUUCUCUUCACCUCUACAGACCCCUCAAUGAAGGAGUCUUUAUGCGUAUCAGACUGUGGCUGUGCUGGAUCCAAUGGUGAACGUAAAAAGCUAAACGAAGUGUGGGACAGCGACUGCAACGUUUGCGAGUGUAACGCCGGGACACGCUCCGUGGUUUGCAAACCACGUGCGUGCCCGCCCUUGGGGUACAAUAAUUGCGCUGAGCCCGGCUGGGCGAUCAGAAACCCCAGCGACGCCUGCUGCCCCGAGUGCAUGCGGGUGUGCCUUUACGAUGGAAUAAGAUACCCGGUCAGCGCCAAAGUGCCUUCGAUGGAUUGCUCCACUUGUGAGUGCACGAAUGAGACCGAUGAUGCAACAAAGUUUAACAAGAUCACGUGCGAGAAGAUAAUCUGUAAUCAGACUUGUCAAACGGGAUAUGAGUACGUGGACCAACAGGGGGCGUGCUGCGAGUGCAGGAAGAUAAACUGUACCUUUAACAUGUCUGGAAGAGUAAUCUUGCUACAGCCUGGAGAGACUGUGCAAGACCCUCAAGACAACUGCACGACUCUGCAUUGUGAUUCUAUCAAUGGAGGGCCAAUUGAGAGCACACAAACCAUUCAGUGCUCCCAGAAUUUCAACUCUGACUACUGCCUGCCGGGAACGAUCAUGCUGGAUGAAGCAAAAUGCUGUAAAACCUGUAAUAUGUCACAAGGCGGUUGCCGACUGUUCAACUCGUCCAAGUACAUCUUCUACGACGCGUGCAGCAGUGUGGAACCCGUGGAGGUGGUGUCUUGCGAAGGCUCCUGCCCCACCUACUCCAUGUACUCGGAGCAAGGAAACAGCGUCAACCACACAUGCAAGUGCUGCAGAGACAUGAAGACUCGCCCACGGAGUACAAGCUUCCUCUGCUCCAACGGAACGCGGUUCGAUGCCACGUACACCUUCAUCGAGGAGUGCGGCUGUAAGGAGUUCGCCUGCGAUCGCAGCGCGCGCAGCAUCGCUGACGACUUGGGCCUCGAUUACCCUCACAGGAACCACCUGGUGCGCAAGAGAGCGCUGAGGGCACAGGCGAAUCCGUGAGUCGAGGCUAGGGAAACGUGAGGGCGGUCAUGAGCGCGGGUGCAGUAGUGACCGGGGGAUUCUCAAUUAACCGCGAUAAACUGGUGGGGAAGCCUAUGUUCAGAUAAACACAACUGAGGAAUUAUGAAAUGUUAAUUAAAAUAAACUAGCAGCGUCGUAUUUAAUGAAGGGUUUUUUUUGUUGUUGAGACCAUACUGACCAUAUCAUCAUCACCCAAGCACUACCAAUCCUAAUGUGUGUACAUGAACAGCCGUUUUGUCAAUCCACUGCUGGAUGAUGGCCUUCCAAUGGUGUGCGGUUGUUGGCAGUUACUAUAUUUGAAGGUGGGGAGUGUAGACGUGGGGACAUAGAAGUGCAGUACAACAACCUGCUGUGCAUGGUGAUCAUGAAGCGCUAUCCAGGUUCAAUGCUGCUUAGCUUCCAAGAUCUGACUGGAUCGUGGGCAUUCUGGGUGAUUUUGUCAAAGGCAGAAUUAACGAACUCAUAUAGCACCUGUCACAACAAACCAACCCAAGGUGCUUUGCAAUCAAAACAACCAAAAACUAACACUACAACGGUAAAGAAACUUUGAAGUUAAAAAGGGAUUUAACAAUUGUUUAAAACUGUGAAUUGACUAAAAACGCAACCUCUGAACACCCUCACCAUCGCCACCAUCUCCACGUGUUCGCAGGGCACAUCACCAACACGUAAUUUGCUUUACCAUCUUCAAAGGGCAGGACACAUUGAUGCCAUUGAAGUUUCACGGUUGAAUAUUAUCCUGGGGCAGCUAUAACCAGGGAUGUCCUCUCACGUUAGAUGUAACCGUUUAGGUAGAUCAGGCAAACCUAGUGUGAAACAUUAUUAGAUAAGAUUGGGCACGGGACAGAGCAAGAGUCAUAUGCCAGGCAGGGAAAAGUUUGUGCUUAUAAUGACCAAAUAACUGCUGCAUAAGGGGGAUUGACUGAAUGGCAGAUAAUUGAGAGGCUGCUUUAUUGGAGGGGAAUGGGAAGAAACCUUUGGGCUUUACAAAUGUUUAAACUAAACUACAUUUUUAUUUUACCAGGUAAGGCCAGAAAUGCCACUUGCUGUGAAGUAAUUAUACAACUGCACGAACACUCUUUUGAGCUAAGCCAUAAUUUUUCAAGCACAAGAUUGACUUCAAAAAGAUUUACGCAUACACGUGGAAUUUUGGGAUUCUUUGUUCUCCUACUAGUAAGCAUUUAACGAUGCAGCCUUUCAUCUUUUCUUACCCUUAUGAUACUUGAAACGAAUGCUAUGUGAGCAUCCUUGUAACUUAUGAAAAUGAUAUGCAAUUCGUAUCUUAAUUUUGCAUGUAAACUGUUGGAGCAGACAAACUUGGACAAAGACGACACCAAACAAGACUGGAAUGGACGGGACAAAGUCUAAAUUAUCAAAUCAUAACUCCACCCAGAAUCCUUGACAAUUUUGAAACUCUGGGGGUGCAUCGUUCAAUGCCUGAGAUGCCAGACGGGUUGGUGGGUUACACGUGUGUUGUAUAAGUGCUCUAUGUCAAAUCCAAAGUGAUCUAUUGGAUUGCAUAGAGCGCACAGGUAUGAGAGGUAUGAACUUAACAGCAGAUGUUUUCUGGUAUAUCAUGACUUUUGUAAAUGUGAAACAUUUCCUGGAUUUAAUGUUUCUUCUUAUGAUUGAUUCGCUUUUCUUUGUAUUCGACACACUGUGAUUGAAACUCAUAAAAAUAAAUACGUUGCAAAAUGGUAGUGCAUGUAAGAGGGUUCUUCUGUUCAUUAUGUGAACACCUACCGACUUGUGCGUGUUCUGUAUCUCACCAAAAAUAAAUAACUGCAAUCUCGG